ACACACUCCCCCUGCUCACUCUGCGCUGGCUGCGCUCAGGUCGGACACACCGGGAAUGGGAUCUCUGGCGAAGAAAACCUUCCAAUUUUUCCGCGUUUAUGUCCUCCAGAGGCUCCUUUUUAUUUUGCGGGAAUAAUUCCAGGGUUGUACUCAAAUGUGAGGGGGAGAAAUAAAAAAAAAAUGCGGUGAAAUGUAAAAAAAAGAAGAAGAAGAGAAGAUGCUUUAGAAAAGUCAACGAAUGGGAUAAUUAUAAUAAUAAUACGUACAAUUAGGAUUAUGUCCUAAAAGACUUUAAAUAUCUGGAAAUAUUCCCCGACAAAACAAAAAUUUCAAGCGAUUUUCAAUUUUUUCCCCCCACUCACUCACAAUAGAAAACAAUAAGCAAAGAAUCCGAGCGGUGAUCAUUGGUUGAGAGCGCGGUGAAGGUCCGAGCGGUGAGGGUCCGAGCGGUGAUCAUUGGUUGAGAGCGCGGUGAAGGUCCGAACGGUGAGGGUCCGAGCGGUGAUCAUUGGUUGAGAGCGCGGUGAGGGUUCGAGCGGUGAGCAUUGGUUGAGAGCGCGCUGAGGGUCCGAGCGGUGAGGGUCCGAGCGGUGAGGGUCCGAGCGGUGAGGGUCCGAGCGGUGAUCAUUGGUUGAGAGCGCGCUGAGGGUCCGAGCGGUGGAACAGAAAGUGCACGGAGGUUCGAGGAAAGUUUGCUGAAAGUUGCUGCGCGUCUUGUCUUUGUGUUGUAUGGAGAGAGGCACUGUGUAGCCUAUGAAGCUUUUUAUCAUGGCUAGGUGGUUUAAAGAUUUCCCAACUCUGAAAACAGGCUCGGACCGACUUCGCUCUGCGUCUGAAUCCGGCUCUCAGACUCGACCCAGAGCAGCGGUGAGCGGCGGAACCGGAGCCAAAGCGAGUCCGCGGAAAAACUCGGAGAGCGCAGGCGGGGUGGGUUCACUCCUCUCCGGGAGGAAUCGCAAAAACUCGGCCGUCGAGCUUGGCCGAAACCACUCGAGUCCAGGCUCGGGCAAGGAUGCGAAGAUCUGGGAGAUCCUGAUACCUGGGAAAAGCAAGAAGAACGUCAAGAUGGAGGGCUUUGAAGAUCACCGCACUCUGAGGACCAGCGCCAUCGCCGACGCCUACAUGAGCCGCAUGAUCAAAGUGGACAAACAGGACAAAUGGCAGGAGAAGAAGUACAUCAGUGCUGCGGCUGAAGGAACCGGGAGCGACCCGGAGCGCGGAAAAACACCUGUUAAAACCGAAACGCUGAUUAUCUUGGAGGACUAUGCUGAUCCUUUUGAUGCUGAGAAAACAAGAGAGCAGAGAGAAGCUGAAAGAGAAGGAGAGAAUGAUGGAUAUAUGGAGCCUUAUGAUGCCCAACUCAUUAUCACAGAGAUUCGCCGCCGUGGGUCCAAGGACCUUCUGAAAGUGUGUGUGGUGUUGAAGGGAGGAGAAGGAGAAGGGUCUGGAUCCACACAGAUCUAUGACGUACCAUAUGAGGAGGUUCUGGAGGGCAUCCCCUUGACCCGGCCUGAGUCUGACCCCAGACCACCUGCAGAGUACGAGCUUCCCUGGGAGUGGAAGAAGGAACAGAUCGUUCGAGCACUGUCAGCUCAGUUUGACGGAGUGGAGAGGGUGGGUAAAGAGGACACUGCUCCCAGCGGUGUUAAACAGCAGACUCUGCGCUCUGUGAAGAGUUGGACACCCAAAUCACUGCGCCUGUCCCCUCCCUCAUCCCCGAAAGCUAGCCCGGACUCUGAGAGCCCUAAAGUGGACCCCACCGUGCCCCUCGAGCUACAGAGCUGGUAUCAUGGCAGCAUCAGUCGUCAAGAGGCUGAGGCUCAGCUGCAGAACUGUAAGGAAGCCAGCUUCCUGGUGCGAGACAGCGAAUCAGCCACCAGCAAAUACUCUAUUGCCCUCAAAACCAGCCAGGGUUGUGUGCAUAUUAUUGUAGCACAGACCAAAGAGUGUGGUUACACACUGGACCAGAGUAGCUGUGUGUUUCCCAGCAUCCCAGAAGUGGUGCACCACUACUGCACCCAGCGUCUGCCCUUCACUGGAGCUGAGCACAUGACCCUGCAGCACCCUGUACCCCGUACACACUGAUCACCUACCAACACAAUCCCACAUCUCACUACAGCCGAGCACAUCAUCUCCCUGCAGACGCACAUUGGAAAAUCCUACACAGCAGCUUACUUCAACACUGGACACGUAACUAAAAAUGACUCCACAUAAGUAUGCACCAGCCGUCCACUGCAUGGAUUCCACUACCGUAAUCCCAACCUAAUACACACUCAUCCUUCCUCCCUGUAAACGUGUUUUUGUGUGAUUGGGUUUUUUUUUUUUUGAAUGGGUGUGUUUCAGUAUUCUGUACUGUGUUCCCAAUUUUAUUUUCCCAAAUUAAACCAAAGUCAUUAGUCAUGUACUAACCUCUAAUGACCCAAAAGGGAAAUAAUACUUCACAAGUGCUAAAGUUUAGACACCGCAUUGUAGCUUUUGUUUCCUUCACACCCUACUUGUCUCCUUUCUCUGGUGUGUUCUGGAGUCUGUGAACGUGUUAGGCUUCUAAUCAUCACUCUACUAAAUGUGCCUCUGUUCUAAUGACACUCUGGAGGCAGAAGCAACACUAAUGACACAUCUGAGAUGCUUAUUAUCUCCCCGAUGACUCAAAUCACACACUGCAACAAGAUGGAGUCUGUUCUGGAGAGAACAGUGUUGCCAAAUCAAUCAAUCAAUCAAGCAAGCAAGCAAGCAAUCCAUCAGGCUACCAUUUGUCUGUUAGGCUACUUACCUUGAUGACUGUGUAUAUAAGAGCCAAAUCUUGUGUUGCUCAUUUGCUGUAUCUUUAUUGUUGUCUUUUAUGUCUCAUAAUUAAAAGCUCUCUUAAAGUAUUGACAGCUGCAUGACAAUCAAAUUGGCUGACUUCAGCUGAUCAAUGAAUUAAGUGAUUGGCCCACAUUCUUGUAUGCCCUUGAUAAAGUUUUCUGUUGGUUGGGAGUUGUUUGAUAAGUGGUAAAGGACCUGUGGCUGCUACUGGUGAGUGCAUUGCUCUGAAUAGUUUCACACACAAAAUAUGCAUUUGAGAUACAAGUUUAUUUUUAAGCAUUUAUUUUGAAAUUUGAAAAUGGAAAAGUGCCCAAAAAGUGAAAAUGCAAUUCCAAGUUUUAAAGAAUUGUACCUUUGUACCAUGUAAAUCAUACAAAGCCUCAAAUAAAGAAAUUGUGAUUUUAA